GAGUUGUGAAAGAGACCCGAGGACGGUGACUGGCUGCAGACUAUCGCUCAUUCUGACGCUCUGCAGAGCUGUGUGGACUGGGAUGGGGGGGCUCCUGACCUGGUUGCUGCUCCACCAAGCGCUCUCCUCCGCCAGCGCCUUCUUUGUGGACACAACGCGUCCAAUCAUCUUCCAGAAUGUGGAUCCCAGCUUUGGCCAUCAGGUGGUGCAGAUGGAUAAAUGGGUGAUAGUCAGCGCUCCGCUCCACCGAGAAUCCCAGAAUAAGACAGGACGGUUAUAUCGCUGCGACCCGCAGACAGCCAGCUGCAACCCCAUGCCCAUCCCCGGUUCCUCUGAUGACGAUAUAAAUUCCUCUCUCGGAUUAUCUCUGGUUGUACAGGAGAAUCCGCCUCAGCUUCUGGUGUGUGGCCCAACCCUGCAGAGGCCAUGCGGUGGGAACAUCUAUGUAAAUGGACGAUGCUAUUAUAUAACUGGAGAGCCACCAGUGAUGACAGCUCUACCCCGAUCCCUGCCAGAGUGCAGUGGGCCGGCAUUGGACAUCGUCUUCCUCAUCGAUGGAUCGGGGAGUAUUGUCGCCAAGGAUUUCACAUUAAUGCUGAACUUUAUCACCAGAGUGAUGGAAGAGUUCAAGGAGAGCAAUACACAGUUUGCCCUCAUGCAGUAUUCUGAGAGAUUCCGGAUUCAUUUUGAUUUUACCCAGUAUUCGCAAAUAAAAGAUCCGGCAAAGCUGACCAAGCCCAUCACCCAGCGGAGAGGGGGGACGCAUACUUCUUCAGCCAUCCUAGCGGUGAUGCAGAACCUCUUUAUGCCAGGGAGAGGCGUCCGAGAAAACGCUGAAAAGGUUCUCAUCGUCAUAACAGAUGGGGAAAGCAUCCGCGAUCCCGCGCCGUACUCUAUGUCCAUCGGAGAAGCUGACAGACUCAAAGUCCGCCGCUUCGUCAUCGGGGUAGGAGAUGCUUUCUCUGUCCCCAGUGCCCAACAGGAGCUGGAGACUAUCGCCUCCCCGAAGGCCGAGGAUCACCUCCUCCAGGUCGAUGACUUCUCCAUCCUUCAAAAUUUCCAGAGGACGCUGCAGGACAAAAUCUUCGCCAUCGAAGGUACACAGUCUGCAAAUGUAAGUUCUUUCCAACUUGAGAUGUCUCAGGAGGGGUUCAGCGCAGUUCUGACAUCGAGAGGGCCCGUCCUUGGGGCAGUAGGUGCUUAUGAUUGGUCUGGAGGGAUAUCCUUGUACUUGGACGGUCAGCAGAAUGGCACCUGGAUAAACGCUACGAAGGAUCGUAAAGACAUGAAGGAUUCUUACAUGGGUUACGCAGUCCAGCAGCUGCAGUGGGACACGUUUGCCAUUGGCGCACCAAGAUACCAACAUCUGGGCAGUGUCUUCAUCUACAUGAAUAACCCAACAACAUCGGAGUGGAGCCAGGUGGCUGCAUUCACUGCAGACAAGAUUGGGUCGUACUUCGGGUCGGUGCUGAGCGUUCUCACUUUGAAUUCCACACACUCGCUUCUUGUGGUCGGGGCCCCAACGUAUUACUCUCCAGAAGCUCCAGGUGGACGGGUGUACCUGUGUCCUGUCACCGAGGUCAGGAACUUUUGGCACCCCAAAGGAGCAUCUGUCACUAUGACAUGUCCAGAGACCCUUCACGGUGACCCCAGCCAAUCUGUAGGUCAUUUUGGUUCUGCCAUCUCCAUUCUACCAGACAUGACUGGAGACCAGCUAUCAGACCUGGCAGUUGGUGCCCCGUGCGAGGACAACUAUCAGGGGGCCAUCUACAUCUUCCCAGGUCAGGGUGAGAGCUUCAGAACUUCAUAUAUACAGCGCAUUUCUGGUCGGCAGGUCAGUGGGGGCAUCAAGUAUUUUGGGAGAUCAUUGAGUGGAAAUCUGGACAUGACGAAGGACAAUCUUCCUGAUCUUGUGGUGGGAGCUGAAGGACGAGUCCUGAUAGCGAGGUCUCGACCAGUUCUGGGUGUCUCAGUUAGCAUGACCUUCGAUCCCAUUGAGAUACCCCUUUCGUUCUACGAGUGCUCAGAUAAGCGCAAAGUGGGGAGUGCGAUAAAGCUCAACAUCUGCUUCUUCAGCUACCAGAAAAACAACAAGGCAAAAGUGGAGGACUUUGGUCGGGUGACAUACUCUCUCCUCCUGGACGCUGGUCGCACCAACACCCGGGCCCUCUUCACCAGUGCUGGGCGCUCCCUCAAUGCCACCAAAGGUCUUCUGUCAGGGCAAGUGUGUGCGGACCAUUCCAUCCAGAUUCCUGAGUGUGUGGAAGACUCUCUGUCCGCUCUCCGAGUCUCACUCAAUUUCUCCCUCGUUGGAACGCCUGUGCUGAGUGAGGACUCUUUAUCCAGCCAGUCUGCGGAGAUCCCAUUUCAGAAGAACUGUGGUGGCGACGGAGUGUGUGAGGACAAUCUGAGCCUGAAGAUCGCCUUCACAGGUGUCAGCCAGGUGGUGGUCGGAGUGACUCUUGAUGUCAACGUGACCGUCACAGUGAAGAACGAAGGUGAAGAUUCAUACAACACUCGUGUUCUCAUCCCUUUCCCCUCCGGUCUGUCGUAUCGCAUGGUGUCUCUCGUUGAGACGGGAAACAGGAAAGUGACGGUUUCAUGCGCCUCUCUGGAGGCUCAGAGAGUGGUGAACUGCGGGGUGAACAGACCUAUUCUGAAACCAAACACUACGGCAGUCUUCCUGGUGGGUUUUCACGUUUCACCGACAGCUGCCCUGGGGAAAACUCUGAUAUUGGCAGCCAACGUGAAUAGUGAUUACAGACGAGCUCCCACCGAUCGAAUGAUGUCCUCAUCUCAGCUGGGUGUCCGUUACGCCAUCUAUGUUACCAUCACCAGCCUUGAAGAGUCCAGCAAAUUUCAGAACUUCUCCAAAAGUGACUCCACCAUACAGCACAUCUACAGGGUCCGUAAUCUGGGCCAACGGUCACUUCCUCUCACCGUCAUCUUCAUGGUUCCAGUGAGGGUGGGGGAGACGUCCAUCUGGCAGAGUUGGAACAUUACCAGUUCUGAGCCAGACCUCUCCACCUGUACUGAAGCCAGAGAAGCCCCCGGAGUGGAGAACUACCAGGAGAUCCUGGCAAGAACCCCAAUUCUGAACUGUUCUGUUGGUUGGUGUGUCAGAGUGGAGUGUGAGAUUCAGGAUCUGAAGGUUCAGAGCUCCCUAAACUUUACUAUCAGCGGAUCUGUGACCAAAGAAUCUGUCACUCAGACAGGACAGCAGAAGAUUUCCCUGCAGACCUCGGCGGAGAUCAGAUACGACUCUCAGACCUACGCGCACAUCCUGGAACAGAACCAGCGUUUUGUCAGAACUCAGACGCAGACGACCCUGGAGAUCAAUGUGGAGUACAACUAUUUCCCCAUCAUCAUUGGCAGCAGUGUGGGGGGGCUGGUGCUCCUGGCACUCAUAGCGGCUGGUCUCUAUAAGCUCGGCUUCUUCAAGCGUCAGUACAAGAACCUUCUGGAGAACCCCGAUGUGCCAGGCGCGGAGGGCACAGAACAGGCUCCCCUGGAUGAAUGAACCCCCGGGAACGAGGACGGCGAGACGGCGGAGUGAAGAGGCGGCACGGCCUUCAGUAGAAAAUGUUCUUUAUUGUUAUUCGGUUAGAUGCAAAAAUAAGCUUUAUAUUCCUGUACAGAGGGGAAAACGUUAUAAUCACAGAGUCAGGCACCGCGGGGGAGGAGCAAGCAGCGCUCUUCUGAUUGGUCAGUGCAAUGUGCGGGGGAGGGCUCGGAAAGCUUUAUAUUUGUCCAACUUUAAUAAAAAGUGCGCAUAAUAAAAGGAGAUGGAAGCCGCCCCGGA